GAUAGAGUAACACCGCGUACCCGCGCGUUUUUCAUCGGCUCUACUCUCCUUUGACGUGGAUCAUCAGUCCAUGAUCCAUCCUUACUCGUUCCAAUUUUACUAUUGAUCUCUAUUAUUUCUCUCUGGUUUUAUUUCUUCGUCUUCCAUCGCUUCUCGAUUUCGAGUUCAUCGAAACGGACCAUCUCUGCAAAUCAAGAAGAGGGAGGUCUUUGUCGGACUGAAAAUCGAACGAGGUGCAUAUGAAUACGCUGAGGAGUUACAUUUGGAGCAACAGAGCGAAAGAACCCUGAGGCGAAUCAUCAGGCGAAGAAAACACUACGAGAUCGAUAGUGUUGUGGCAACCACGUUAAAGACCACCACCCUGCCAAGUGGUACUCUAUCGAGAACUACGGUGGAAACGGUUGUAGAGAGAUUGUUUUUUUUCGCGUGUAGUAGUAGAAUUAACGCGAGAAGUAACGUUGAGAAUCCAAUAGCUCGUACAUGCCGAUAAUUUAUCUAAACAAGAGGCUAAUCGAAAGUAUACCUAUCACCUUAUCAUCUGACAUCGUCCGACAUUGCGAUUUUCGGGGUGUCUUCGAGAAGCACGUGUGUAUUCAGUGUUUUUUAAAGGGGUGUAAGGAAGAGGAUACUGACGCUGUCUACGGGCGGGAAAGUCACGGUGAUUAAUUCCUUAGCGGAAAUCCAGCUUAAGCACGAGUUGAAUUGAAAACAGUCGUCGAAAAUAUGACGAGGUGGACCGAAAUCGUUUUACAACGGCAAAGAAUCAACAUCUAUCUGAUAGCGUUCUUCGUUUUACACGCGAAUACAGAAGCAGUACCGGCUGAUUUCGUCGUUAGCGAUACCACUGCCGCGAAUUACCUAGCGCAAUACGGAUAUUUGCCGCCGAUAAAUCCGGAAAAUGGUGCUUUUUUAAGCGAGGAUAAGCUAACGGCAGCGAUAGAAGAAUUCCAAGCAUUCGCUGGUCUUAAUAUUACAGGUGAAUUAAAUGAAGAAACUGCUAAGCUUAUGGCUACACCAAGAUGCGGUGUUAAAGAUAAAGUUGGACCAGCUGCCGAUGGAAGAUCAAAGAGAUACGCUCUUCAAGGGUCCAGAUGGCGUACGAAGAAUCUAACGUACAAAAUUAGCAAGUACCCAACUGGUCUUAACAAACAGGAAGUAGAAAAGGAAAUAGCGAACGCAUUCUCUGUUUGGACGGGUGAAACUGAUCUGACAUUUACCCGCAAGACAGGACACGAAAAUGUUCAUAUCGAUAUCAGAUUCGAAGUAGGUGAGCACGGCGAUGGUGAUCCUUUCGAUGGACCUGGUGGCACCUUAGCACACGCAUAUUUUCCCGUAUACGGUGGUGAUGCUCACUUCGACGAUGCUGAACGAUGGACCAUCAGAAGCUACCGCGGUACCAAUCUCUUUCAAGUUGCGGCUCAUGAAUUCGGGCACUCGCUCGGUUUAAGUCACAGUGAUGUCAAAAGUGCUCUGAUGGCACCCUUUUACCGCGGCUACGAUCCACAUUUUACUCUAGAUCAAGAUGAUGUUAGCGCGAUUCAGGCUCUAUAUGGCACGAAAACUAAAUCGCCACGAGGAUCGCGACCUCCGCCGCCUGCCGAAGAAGAUCCUGAAUUGUGUAAAGAUCCAAAGAUCGAUGCAAUGUUCAACACGAAAGACGGCGAGAUAAUUGCGUUCAAGGGAAAACAUUAUUGGAAAUUAACAGACGACGGUGUGGCCAGCGGUUAUCCUAGACGUAUUAGUAGCACAUGGAAGGAACUUCCAUCAAAUAUAGACGCUGCGUUUACAUACAGGAAUGGCAAAACUUAUUUCUUUAAGGGCACGCAAUACUGGAGGUAUAUUAAUACGACUAUGGACGGUGAUUACCCGAAGGAAAUUAGCGAUGGUUUUACUGGCAUUCCUGAUAACAUCGAUGCGGCUACCGUAUGGACUGGAAAUGGCAAGAUUUAUUUCUACAAGGGUGCAAAAUUCUGGCGCUUCGAUCCAGCGUCGAAGCCACCAGUGAGAAGUAGCUACCCUAAACUCAUCCAAAAUUGGGAAGGCAUACCGAAUCACAUCAACGCGGCAGUAACAUAUAAGGGCUAUACAUAUUUCUUCCAAGAUAACGCCUACUAUCGAUUCAACGACCGAUUAUUCAAGGUUGAUGAUGCUAAUCCUGCCUUCCCGAGAUCAACAGCGUACUGGUGGUUUGGGUGCAAGUCUGCUAACAAAGGGACAUUAGGUAAUGAUCGCUGGCCAUUCGCAUUUGCCAGUAAUCUGGACGUGGCUGAUACAUACGACGAUUACGGUAAUCUUGACAGCGUUGGUGACAUCAUUCUAGACGCAGGAGGCACCGACGAGCUCGUCACAUCAUCGAAUCACCAUCAUGAAAACUCUGGAGGGUCCGUGAAUUCGCUGCAUUCAUUGAAAAGCAUACAGCAACUUUUGCUCAGCAUCAUGACAACGAUCAUCGCGAGGUUCAUCGUGGCUACGUAAAAGCAGCGAUGCAAUGACUUGAAACUCGAAUCGAUAUGCGUUCGCGAAAUGUGAUCAAAAGGUGUCGAAUUUUUGUUUAUUUUUGAAAAGUGAAUGUCAAUCGUCGUUGGUGCGACGCGUUCAGGAACUUGCGCUUUUGGUAAUUAAGUAGAUAGUUAGAAAAUUAUGACGAGCAAUAUUUCCGCCGCAA